CCUGGGCGUCCUGGGCAAUCCUAUUAAGAUCUAGGCUAGGCGCAUGCGGGUUGCUAAUUUCGUUCGUAAAUAGUCCAUACUAUCACCAAUAGCAACAAACCUCUCAGAAUGUCGGGAUAUGACGUAGAUCCUCAGAUACUUCUACUACGUCGGCAGUAUAUGCAACUGUUUGAGCCCGAAUUUCUCGCUUGGCCGCCAGCUAAGUUCCUCAAGAAUGAAGAUGUACAAAAAUGGCUAUAUAAGCACCUAUUCGAAGACAGCAGCAAUUCAAGGCUGCCGCCUGAGAGCUACCAAGUGCGUGUUUUGAAGCAACUUGUUACGAAGGUUGAGAACGUGAUAGCGAGUUCAGAGCAAGAUGAGGUCUCUAAAGAGCUUACGACGUGUCUUGAGUCCUUCGUGGCUAGAGGAAUCCCACUAGAAUCCCAGGCAGCUCAGGAAGAGGCAUAUGUGACAUUCACCUGCCUACCAGAGAAGUAUAACCCAGACGAUAACCAAUCAGAACCUGCAAUUACACUACUCGAGCGGCGACACUUGGUAUUGGGUUCGAAAAUAACGGGUUUCCGGACCUGGGAAGGGUCUCUUCAUCUAGGCUCGUACUUCCUAACCGAUCCUGGGUCGCUCAUUGUCCGUGGAAAGAAUAUCUUGGAGCUGGGCGCUGGUGCCGGGUUUCUCAGUAUUCUCUUAGCCAAGCAUUUACAUGCAAACCACGUAACCGCCACAGACGGCGAUGAAGGAGUCGUUGAAGCCAUGAAGGAAAAUUUUGCGUUGAAUGGUCUUGAUGACCAAGAGAAAGUCCGAACGGGAACUUUGACAUGGGGCCGCAACCCUUGGGAAACGUGGAUCAAAACCGAUUGUGACGCCAACCCAUAUGACAUCGUGAUCGGUGCCGAUAUUACAUAUGACAAGAUAGCGAUACCAGCGCUAGUAUCGACAUUGCAUCAACUCAUUGAUAGGAGCCCGAAGCUUAUAGUCGUUAUAGCUGGUGUCGUCCGGAAUGCUGAAACCUUUCAAAGAUUUAGCGACGAGUGUGUUCAGCACCACUUCGCCGUGGAAGAGAUCAAGUUCGAACCUAAGCCGAUGCGUCAACAAAAAUCACUCUUCUAUGCGGCUGCCAUGCCUAUCAAAAUUCUAUCCAUUACUGGGCCUGGUUGAGGUGCUAGAAUUUAUAUAAGCCUGGGGUUGCUGGAGUUAGCUUUGGCCUAGACAAGGGGUUUGAACCGGUAGAUACCUAUUCUUUAGGGCAGUGUAUAUAGGGCAAAGUAAGAGGGGCCAUGUCCUAUGACCUGAGACUUAAGAUGGCAAUCCAAUGGUAUAGACCAUGUUUAGGUAGCUUUACGCCACGAUGCAAAGUAAAAUGAAUAAAGAAUAAACAAGUCCA